AUGGACUACUUUAGCAAGUGGCCUGCGGUAUACCCAAUUCCUAAUCAAGAAGCCACCACCAUAGCUAAUGUGCUCUUCCAAAACUGGGUGUGUCCUAGAGAGAUUCAUUCGGACCAAGGAAGAAAUUUUGAAUUCUCAGUUUUUCAAGAAAUAUGUAAGCUGUUGGGAAUUCACAAAACAAGAACAACACCUUUACACCCAGAAUCUGAUGGCAUGGUAGAGCGAUUUAACAAAACCAUAGAUAACUAUCUGAGAAUUGUUGCCAACAAUAAGCAGGAUAAUUGGGAUACGCAACUUGCUCCAUUCUUAUUAGCCUAUCGUUCAGCAAUCCAUCCAAUACUGGUAAAUCUCCGGCAGAAAUCUUAUUUGGCAGAGAAUUGCGACUUCCCAUUGAUCUACUCACUGGAAGACCGGAAGAUUUACAAAUUGGCGAAGAUUAUGGACUCAAGCUAG